AUGCAGGAGUACGGUUUCAACUCGGUGCUGUGCGAGGCUGGCCCAUGCCGCUCGAAGGAUGAUCUGAAAGAUGACAUUUGGAAGAUGCGAUGGUACUUGAUGCUCACGCUUACGCAUUUUGGGCUGAGCGUGCUUGUGGUGGACGCUGACAUCGUCUUCUUGGGUGACCCGACAAAGGAAUUCUUCGGGGACGCCGACAUGGAGGUGAUGACCGACCACUUUUUCCCGGCGAAGCACCUUUGGGAGCCCUGGGUGCGCGUGGAGGACCACAUCAACACGGGUUUCGUGCUUGUCAAGCCGACUCGGCCAAUACGGUUUCUCAUUGCGGACUUCUUGGACGAGAAUUGGCAAUCGGAGCAGGGAGGUGUGCGGCGCGACGGUAUGGAUCAGCGCGUCUUUAACCACUUCAUCGCAAGGGGCCCAGGCGGCCAGGAUGCCUUCGUAUUCGAUCCUUUUAUGAAGUGUGUAACUUUGGCUGAGGUUGGGCGCUACGAUGACAAGGUCUUCGGACGGCGACAAAGCAUUGUGCCUGCCUGGCCAUGGAGACAGGCAGAGUACAGCAGCUCUGAGGCUCCAGGGGGCAAACAUGGCCGCGGCCGGCAGGACCCAGCACGAAUCGCACACGGCAUGAACUUCUUCUGGCGCAGAGCGCACUUGCUUGACCCAAAGGCGGGCCAAGCUUUGCAGUGUUGGUUGUGGGGAGAUGUCUUUGUUUCUCUUACUUCACACUUGUGGGAGCUAGCUACGACACAGUUUCACUUCUACAUAAUGGAGACACCCGCCUACGAUGGCAGCCUCUACAAGACACCUGCCGUGUCCGUGUGCUCAGAAGCAGAAGCAUUGGUUCGGAAGUUGUCGGCCUUCGACGGGCCUUUGCAGGAGGGCGACAUGGGCUUUCUGGAACGAAACGUCGAGACCCGGAAGACGGGGAUUGUCGGCAACUGGGCCUGUGCGACUCAGAUUGGUCGGCUCCCGGCUGUGGCGCACGUCAAUGGCGCCGACCCGAAGGAGUAUUUCUUGCGUGACCGACAGGCCCGACAGUUCGCAGAAUGCGCGUUUUGCGGGGAGGGUCCAGCCCAGGUUUGGCUUCAGCCAGGAUGGCCAGGCACAGGCUUCUCUGUCCCUGAGAGGUUCCUCACGUACGACCACCCCGGUGGCCAAAGCCUGCAAGGCGACUUUUCCGCCUUGUCUGCUGCCGUGGAGGCGUGCACUUCUCUGAUCUUCUCCGAGAACUCCCACAAUGGAUGCGGUCGCCUGGCAGGUCGCGAAGAUGCUGAGGCGACGUCUGGUGCUUCCCGACACCAUGAACUGCCCGGGCCUCAACCACUCCAGCGGACGCAGGUUGCAGGGGAGAUGACUGGAGGGUCGAUCGGCUGGGUGUUGACAGGCCGCAAUGCUCCAUCGUACUAUGCGUGGAGCUUGAACAUAACCGUGCAGGGGGAGACAGAAAGCUGGAGCCCAAAGGGAAGCAGAGAAGGGAAGGUUCCCAAUGCUCACAUUUCAAUGCACAAAGGUGGGAACUGCACCUUCGAUUAUUUUUCCUGGGCGACCUGGUUGCACCGUCGAGCAAAGAACCUUCUGGAUGCGCAUGUCGGCUUUGUGAUCGAGCUCCUGCCUCAGAGCGUGGCACUCCGCGGAGGCAGCAUUCGCUACCUUCUUCGGAGGUCUGGUGUGCGCAAAACGCCCGAGUUUGUGCAGCUCGUGGAGGACGCGGCAUCGCACUUAGACCAUCUAGACGAUGCCUGUGUGUCAACUCCCCUAAAUUUCUCCGACUUCCAGGGUGUCGUUGCAGACUUCCCUUCAUUUCCCAUGUCUUAUCUGGUGGCUCGUGGACUCUGCGAUGAGUCUGCCGUCAGUUUCAGCUUUGCUCUCAGUUGCACGGCAGCGGCACUCUUGCAGAUAGUUCCGGCAUGUCUGGAGUACGCUCCGUAA